AAAAGACCCACAAAGCGUCGCCCAUGAUAACGACUCUUCUUCUACAAUACUUCCACUACCGUAAUCGUACCGCCAUCGCCAUUUUUACACCUUCAAUUUCUUCCUCUUCCUUCUCCAUUUCCAUCGGUUAUCGUCAUCAUGCUUGGUUCUAGCAGAAAGCUGCUCUCAAGCCCUACCGAAUCCCCUGAUUUUAGGGCUUUUGACGCCAUGGAUUUCGGUUCUCCUGCUUCAACCAGGUCCAGGUCCAGCUCCAGGCCGGCGUUGAAUCAUGACAUCUUCAGGAGUUGGAAUGGGAAGCAGAUUCAUCUUAAGGAUGAUGAGACGGUGGAGUAUGGAUUUCGUUUGAGUAGUCCUCAACGGAGCCCGCAGUUUUACCGAUCUAAUUACCAGAGCCUGUCUCCGCCUUCGAAGGCUCUUGCUAUUGCUACUGGACAGAAGGAGCUUAUGGAACUUGUGAAUAAUAUGCCGGAGUCGUGUUACGAGUUGUCGUUGAGAGACUUGGUGGAGCAGCCGAUGGUUUUAGGACAGCAAGAACCAACUGGAGCGAAUGAGAGGGAUAAAGGCGGUGAUCGGGAGGUUUUUGCGAUGGAGAAUCGGAAAUCGAGGAAGGAAACUAGCGCGUUGGUUGGGAGAAGUUCGUGGAAUAUGGAGAAUGGAGGUUUGUAUCUGAAAAUGGGAUUUCCGAAUUCUAUUGGAACUAGAACGAAGAAGAAGAAGAAGAACAACAACAACGAUUCUGGUUUGAACACGAGUGCUAAAGUUUCACCUAAACCUUCUCAUCCGGUGGAAAAGGAUUGGUGGAAGAGAAGACUCUCAGUUUCAUCUGAGACUGGAAGCGUUGCUUAUGAUUCUAGUGUUAACAAUGGAAGCAUCAAGAGCAGUAGCAGUAGCAGCAGUAAUGGCAGCAAUGGCAGCAACAAGAACAGAACAAAAUCCUCCGGCAGGCAUGCGAAUGGAGGUUGCUGGUCAUGUAUUUAUCCCAAAUACAAUGAACGGGAUGAAUGAAGAGGCUGCUGAUCCGCCAUAGGUAUAUAAAGAUAUGGAAAUGAAGGCAUUAGUCUUACACAGCGUCUGUAAAUUCUCUUCCAGUUUUUCAACUAAAAUGCUCCCUUUUUGUUCUUGCUUCUUAA